AUGGCAACACCUUCGAACCCGUACGCCGCGCGCCGGGCGGGUGCGUCGCCGUCUUCGUCUACUGCUCCAGAACAGAUCAUCGGCAAGUUCAAGCGUAUGGAUCAUAUUGGAAAGGGGAGCUUUGCGGAGGUCUACCGGGGGAUCCACAUUGAAAAACGCCAAUCUGUCGCCAUCAAGUCUGUCAACAUGAACAAGCUGAACAAGAAGCUCAAAGACAACCUCGUCUCCGAGAUCUCCAUCCUCAAAAGCCUGCAUCAUCCACACAUAGUCUCGCUCAUCGACUGCCAGGAAACACCAUCGCGCAUGCACAUCAUCAUGGAGUUCUGUGAGCUAGGAGACUUGUCGGCCUUUAUAAAGAAACGUGGAGACCUCGUCAAUCACCCGCAGACCCAGCGUAUGAUCGAGAAAUAUCCGAACCCCGCCGUCGGCGGCCUGAAUGAAGUAAUCGUGAGGCACUUUGCCAAACAAAUGGCCAGCGCUCUGGAAUUUCUGAGGUCCAAGAACUACAUCCAUCGUGACUUGAAGCCCCAAAACCUCCUGCUGAAUCCGUCAUCUCUGUACUACUCGCAAAGUGGGACGCUGGAACGUAUGCCCUUGGCUGCCGAUGCGAACUCGCUGAUUCCCUCUACUGGCAUCGAAUCGCUGCCAAUGCUCAAGGUCGCUGAUUUCGGCUUCGCUAGGGUCCUGCCGUCGACUUCCCUAGCUGAAACUCUCUGCGGCUCCCCGCUCUACAUGGCACCGGAAAUCCUGCGAUACGAAAAGUAUGAUGCAAAGGCCGAUCUGUGGUCCGUCGGGACUGUGCUGUUCGAGAUGAUGUGCGCUCGCCCGCCAUUUAGAGCGAACAAUCAUGUCGAGUUGCUCCGGAAGAUCGAAGAGCGCAAAGAUCAUAUUCGUUUUCCAGAAGGUAUCAUCUGCAGUAGGGCCAUGAAGAACCUCAUCCGUGCAUUGUUGAAGCGGAAACCCACCGAGCGCAUGUCCUACGAUGGCUUCUUUUCAGACCCAGUGAUUCGCGAAGAUAUCCCAGACCUUGUUGCUGAAGAUUUACCACAAGCGAUGCAGGCCUCUGAACUGGAGCCGCCCGUCGAGGAGCCCCCAAAGCGAAUUCAGAAGAUGCCCGUCGAGAUGAGUCGGCGCGCUUCGGAAAGCCCUUAUUCGCGAUCACCCAGAGACAGGACAGGUCUUGGGACAACUCCCCCAUCACGACCGACCUCUCGGCCUGUAUCUGGGCAUUUUUCAAGCACUCCACCACGACCUGGUUAUCCACAACGAGCAAGCAACACGCCAAUCGAGCCGAUCGAGGAGCAUGUUCCUCAGCGCGAGCAGCGGCGUCCGACCCUUACGAAUGCUCUGACUGCGCCUGGCCGUACAACGACGUUGCAGGAUCAACCUGCAGCCCCCACUGCCAUUGGCCAUAGACGCAGAUUCUCUCGAGAUGAUCAAGCCCUAGCACCUUCAGGACUCAAAGAACACCUUGGCCGCGAGCGAACACCGCAAAGGGCAGAAGCGAAUGCGAUGAAAGAUGCAGCAGAACGGGCUGCACAAGAUAACGCUUUGGACGAAGGUUUUGUGUUCGUCGAGAAACGUCGUGUGGAGAUUGACGCCUUGGCAGACGAGAUUGCUGCCAGUCCACAAACGCAGCGGGAUCGGAUGAUCAAUCGAGAAAGCGCAAUGAAGCGGCGAUCAACAACUCAAGGAUCCCCAACUUCCACAACGGGCGCGACAGUGCCCUCGAAAGCCAUCCAAAUACAGCAAAAGCCAGCUCUCACGCAUCACCGGACUGGUUCCUACGAGCGUCGACGACAGUACCGUCCUAGCUUUGAAAGCGCCACGUCCGCCCUGUCGAAAGCCAUGAAUAUGGUCAACAUUCGAGGUCUUGGGCUCUCGCCGCCCGUGAUAAAAGGCCUGUCGCCACCUCAAGGGUAUGCUGCGUUUCCUACAUAUCCUACCGCGCAAAGCAGUCUGCUACUUGUGGGUGAUGGUGGAAAGACGACCAGUAAAGACGAGGAUUCAACCGUGGUGAAGAAGAUCGAAGAGCUGGCACAACUGAGUCAUGUUAUCUACGGCUUCGCAGAGGUCAAGUACAGGCAGCUGGUCCCCCUCGCGCCGAGUGACCAAGGCUUAGGCAUUGGGCCUACCGGGGUCGCAAGGAAACAGAGCAGCGAUGUCAUCGAAGAUGACGAGGAUGAUGACGAUCUGACGCCGGAGACGAUCUUGAUUAUCUCUGAGGAAGCACUUGUCCUGUACGUCAAGUCCCUGGCUAUGCUGAACAAGGCCAUGGAUGCUGCCGGAAGCUACUGGAACCGAAACCGACGAGGGAGUGCAUCCCCUGACGCGGUAUCUCGCGCAACUACCAACGCCAAUCGACUGAGUCAAGUCGUAACAUGGAUUCGAGACCGGUUUAACGAAUGCUGCGUCAAGUCAGAGAUUGUGGCUCGCAAGCUCAAGCUAGCUCGACAACAACUUCCCUCUGAUCAUCCAAGCCACCCUCAGAACUUGUCAGCUGCAUCGGGCUCUGCGACAACGGUUGGAUCCGCUGAAAACAUUCUUCUCACCACCGGCGUUACGGCGGAGAAACUCAUGUACGAUCGAGCACUUGAGAUGAGUAGACAGGCCGCUGUGGACGAGCUCACCGGCCUCAAUUUGCCAAACUGCGACAUCAAUUACUGGACUGCCAUUGUCAUGCUCGAAGCAAUUCUUGAGGACGAGGAUGAGUCGAGCAGUUGCAACAAGCUUGACGGUGAAGAGAUCAAUGGACUAGAUGGCGAGGAUCGGCAGUCCAUUCAGAAGCUUCUCGAGCAAAUGCGAAGUCGACAUCGGAUGCUUAAGAAGAAGCUCGAGCACCAGAAGACGCAGAAGCGCGGUUCAAUCACCAGCGCGCCUGCGCCGCAUCCCGCAAGUCGCGGUUCACCAUCGUCUCAAGGGACUGCGAGGUGA